AUGCCAUCGCUCCACGAUGAUGAAGACGUCAAGGAAUGCCCGGAAGCGCGCGCCGGAACCGUCUCUUCGAAGCUUGCCCGCGACGACCACCUGGUCCCCGGUUGCCUUAACUAUGCCGACGGCGCAGCCGCUCCCCGCGUCAAGAGGUCGCGUUCGACGUCUUCUGGUAUAGAGGGGCAGGAUACCGCGACGAGGAAACGGGGUAGAGUUGACUGCUUGGUGGGGGAAACCAUCAGGAUAUACGUCGAGGAUGAUGCCGAUGACGACGAGGGCCGUGUCGUUGACGACGAUGACAGUGUUGUUGCUCAGGAUGCGGCAGACGUCGUCGCGCACGACGAGCGCGGCGUCGUAGACGGCGUAGACAGCGUCGUUGUUCACGAUGCUGCUGACGUCAUCGUGCACGACGACGUAGUUGUAUUCGGUCACGACAAUGUAGCCGCGGUGGUCAGCAGAGUGGCGGAAUUAGAAAGUCAAGUACGUGAUCUACGCGAGGCGCUGGAACGCGAGCGUGAGCUGGCGACGCGGGCGAAGACGGAAUGUGAAGAGGCUGUCUACGGUGAGAAAGUAGAAGCCGCGAGAAAACUGCUGGCCGAGCACGCACUGCGCGACGAGGUCGCCCGUCGGGUGACAGCGGAGGCGGCCUGUGCGGUCGCGGAACGCGCUCGCGAUGCCGCGGUGGAACGGAAGACCCGCUUAUUCCAGCAGAUGACCAAGUACGAAGCGCGUUUGGAAGGGAAGUUGCAGCGAACCGUCGAGGAACUAGAUCGGGAGCGGGCCAAAGCCCUCAGAGCAGAGACGACCGUCGCAGAAUUGCAGCGACAGUUUUCUCUUCGAAUGGAUGGCCUCCCUGAAGGGCGUUUUGCGUCUGGCGAUGACGCUCUAGAGACCGUGGCGGCUAUCAUGUAG